AUUUAAGAUGUUCAGGCAGAGGAGGGCUUCACUGAGGAACUAAGCCAUUGGCCAAAGAGGACCAACUCAACCGGUCAGCCAAAGCUCUUGUCCGAAAUUUCCAGCAAAGACCUUCUACAGGAGACAACCUGCUUUUGGACAACAAAAGCACUCGAACGCCUGAGAUUCUCAGAUUCUCAAAUCACAAACUUUUUUAUAGAAAAUGGCAAAAGUAAAUUUGAACAUAGUGGCUUUGGGGGUGACACUGCUCUUGUUGGCAGAGACAUGGGCCCAGAAUCCCAGGAAGAGACUGGCACCUACAAAGCCUCCAAAGGCUCAGUGCUGUGAUGAGGUGCGCUCUCUUAAGGUUCAAGUGGCCAAUCUGACCAGUCUCCUUGACGAGCUGAGUCGCAAGCAGGAGACAGACUUGAUGAACGUUGUGAAGCAAGUAAUGGAGAUGGAGAAGCAGAACCGGAAGCAAGAAGCCCGGGUCAUAGAGGCAGAGAGCAAGUACUCAGAAAUCAACAACCGUGUGGAGAUCAUGCAGCUACAAACCCUUCAGUCUGCUACUCAAACUUCAUCAGAUGCCAUCUAUGACUGCGCAUCCCUCUACAGCAAGAACUACAAGAUCUCUGGCGAGUACAAACUGCCUAAAAAUGAGUUUUUGGGUGCACCUGAGCUGAAUGUCUUCUGCGAUAUGGAGACAAAUGGAGGUGGUUGGACUCUGAUCCAAAGGCGCAAGGUUGGUCUGAUAUCAUUCGAACGUGACUGGAAGCAGUACAAAAGUGGGUUUGGAUCAAUCCGAGGAGACUUCUGGCUAGGCAAUGACCACAUCUUUCGUCUAACAAGGCAGCCCAGUAUGCUCAGGAUUGAGAUGGAGGACUGGGAAGGACAGACCCGCUAUGCUGAGUAUGGUAUGUUCUCUGUGGGUAAUGAGCUCAACAGCUACAAGCUCUUUCUUGCCAACUACAGUGGGAAUGCUGGAGACUCCAUGCGCUACCACAACAACACCAACUUCAGCACCAUCAACAAGGACAAUGACAAAUGUGUGGAUGACUGUGCUUCCCUGCGCAAAGGUGGUUACUGGUACAACUGCUGCACAGACUCAAACCUGAAUGGUGUUUUUUACCGCUACGGUGAGCACUCAAAGAAAACAGAUGGGAUCACUUGGUACGGCUGGCAUGGGUCCCACUACUCCCUGAAGAAAGUGGAGAUGAAGGUCCGGCCAGUGGGUUUUCAACCAUAAGUGCUUCAGCUGCAUGUCCUGGAUCAAAAUCACACGCAUGAAUGCUGAGAGAGAUCUCACUAAUACCUGUUCAACCAAAUAGUGGCUUUCCCUUGACUGCGAAAGGAAUGAAAAUGUUGUUUGUGAUGGUCUGGUUAAAUUUCAGUCAGAUGAAUGUGUAAUGUUUUUGCCGUGUUUGAUUGUAAAUUGUAGUUCAUUUUGUGUAUUUAUCAGUAAAAUAUUUUAUUUUUUAAAAGCUUUAAUAGAUGCUCUUUUACCACUGUCCCAUGUGU